AUGAGCAACCCCCUCAACUCAAGUAUUUCAACAUCGAGUCUUUCAGAGCAUUUAAUACACCUUCAAAUAAAUUCAUUCGACUCCUAUCAGGAUGCUCCUACUCAAUUUGAUCGUGCUCGUGGAAACAGCCUUCCUGAUCGCCAUUUUGAGACAGUACCAGUCAUCAGAGUAUAUGGCUCGUUAGCAAGUGGCCAAAAUGUUCUCUGUCACAUCCAUGGGAUUUUUCCUUACAUUUACAUCGCAUACGAUGGUAGGGAACACGACUCUUCGAAAACGAUGGGCACUAGAGCUGCCAGCCUACAUAUGAAGAUAGAAAAGAAACUAAAAGAAGUUUAUGCUCGCAAACCCAAUAUAGAAUCUUCAAAGGGAAGUGAAAAUAGUCACCAUGAUAAAGAUUUGAAGUAUGUCGCUGACGUUAGUCUUGUACGAGCCGUGAAUUUUUAUGGUUAUCACCGUGGAUACUCUGCAUUUUACAAGAUAUCGUUGCUCAGGCAGUCGGCGACAAGAAAAUUAUCCGAGCUCUUGCGAGAUGGCAAGGUUUCUGGCAGUAAAUGUCAAGUUUUUGAAGCUCAUAUACCCUACCUACUACAAUUCUCCACCGAUUAUAACCUAUUCGGUUGUUCAUGGCUACGCCUGCAUAAGUGCUAUUUCCGCACCCCUCUCUUUAAUACAGACUAUGGCCAAGAUACGCUUUUGCUAAACGAAGCACUGAACGAGUUUCUAGCUAAAUUUCAUACAGAUGAUCAUUGUACAAGUUCUCUUCGAAGAGUGGGCAGGGGUCUUCUGGAAAUUGACAUUAUACCGCAGUUUAUUCAAAAUCGUGAGGAAAUCACGUACAGAGACCUUCACAGCUUGUUAUUCGAAAGUUCGCAAUAUGACAAGGAGGAAACGCUCUUCAUUCCUUCAACAAAGGAGUUGUGGAACCAGACAUGCUUGCUACGCAAUGAAUUUAGUUUGGGAAACUACAAACGGCCAGUCGAAGUAGUGAGGACAGAAAAACCACAAACAUGGCAAAGUCAUGAGGAAAAUAUAGCUUUUCUACGAAGAGCCAGGGAGCGUAUGUCUCUCCGUAACAAGACAAUUUCAAAAAGCCAUAAAUUUGCAGUCGAAGAACUGGCAUUGCCUAACCUCGCUAUAACUUUUUUGUGGCCCACAACGGGCGCAACGAAACAAACUGACUUGAACGUGACGAACAUGGAAGGCGAAUCCUCUAUUGAGGUCCCCAUUUCGCCAAACUCUCCUAGAAGUGAUGGGUCGGAAUCUCCAUUAACCUCAGAUUCUCCCAAAAAUUCAAAUAUAUUAUCAAGUCAGGAUGAGCGCGAGCAAAACAUUGGCUAUCCCGAUCUUCAUACCAGCGAAAAACGCAUAGUUAGCCAGGAAUUACAGGCUUCAAGUGAUUCUGGAGAGCCUCAAGCGGCUAUUUCUGCUUUUAAUGACAAAAUUUUAACACAAGCGAUGACCCAAAAACGAACAUACAGCCAUACAGCCUCAGAUACUUCUGAGCGAGACAAGAUUCGAAAAAUUGUGCGCUCGGGUUGUACUAUAGCGAACUCUGACGACUCUUAUCGGUACACGCAAUUCCCCCUCCGGUAUAGUUCAAUUUUAUCCGAUCUUGAGCGCUUGGGCCAUCCCAAGAUUGAUUACAGAGACCCAUACUUCAAGGAACCCGAGGACCUGAAAAAGAAAGGUUAUACUUAUUCAGGGCGAAAAUUCAGCUUGCGGUCAACGCAUUUGAGUUGCAGGAAGCCAGUUGACUUUGGUGGUGAGUUUCAGCAACUCGGUCAAAAGUUCAUCCAUGCCGCUAAUGACUCGACCUGGAAGUAUGCUCCAACCCCACCAAAUUACUGGUGCGUGAAAUCUUACGCCACGGCAAAAGCUCGUAAAUUUCGCUCACAGAUUGUGUUUCAAACUUUAAGCAAUGAGUUUGGUUACAAAUUUAAGAGUGGAAAUUCUUUAAGAAGCAUGUCCACGGGUAAUCAUUUGAAACUUUCUCAUUUAACCAUAGAAGUGUUCUGCACCACUAGAGGGAGCUUAUUGCCGGAUCCUGCUAUUGAUCCUGUAACUUUGAUUUUUUGGAAAGUUGAACCCGGUUCAUUUUCAGUUGAUAUUGGCAUCUCUCAAGAAGGUUUGAUGGCUUUUUCUAAUGAAAACGACCACUUAUCGUCUCUCUCUUCCAACCUGAUUGAAGCAGCAAAACCAACCCCCGUGGCCAUAUACUCUUCAGAGGAUGAAAUGCUCCAGGGCUUAGUAGAUCUAGUUCUACUUCUUGAUCCUGACAUCCUAUCAGGUUUUGAGGUCCACUCAAGUUCGUGGGGGUACGUAAUUGAUAGAUGCAAUCUGGCUUACGAUCGUGACUUCUGCGAGGAAAUAGCUAGAGUGGAAGAGAAUCAAUUCAACAAAAAAAAAGAUGUAUGGGGAUAUUCACACGAUUCUGGUAUCCGCAUUGCUGGCCGACAUGUGUUAAACAUAUGGCGGCUUAUGAGAUCUAGCUUGAACCUCUUGAAGUAUACUUUGGAGAACAUUUGUUUCCAUACUUUACAUGAAAGGCUUGCCCAUUUCCCUCCAUCACUAUUAACCAGGUUAUGGAUAACCAAUAAUGACGCCACCUCGCUGAUUACAUUGUUGAAUUAUUGGAAGAAGAGAACGGAAAUUAACUUAAGGUUAUUGGAAAGUCAACAAACUAUCAAUCAGACUGUGGAACAGGCAAGAUUGAUAGGCGUUGACUUCUAUUCCGUUAUAUCCCGCGGCUCCCAGUUCAAGGUAGAGUCUGUAUUGAUCCGAUUGUGCAAAUCUGAACAUUACUUAGCCUUGUCUCCCAGUAAAUCACAAGUUAGAAAGCAGAAGGCUCUAGAAUGCAUUCCACUGGUAAUGGAACCAGAGUCUGCAUUUUAUAAAAGUCCACUAGUAGUGUUGGACUUUCAAUCAUUGUACCCCUCCAUCAUGAUAGGAUAUAACUACUGUUAUUCAACUAUUCUAGGUCGGGUCCAAGAGCUCAAAUUAAACGGCACUGAGGUAGGUGCCAGCGACAUCAAUAUUCCAAGAGGACUAAUAGAAGAGGUAGCCGACCAUCUUUCAAUCUCUCCUAAUGGAGUGGUAUACAUGGGAGACACCGUAAGAAGGUCAAUGCUUGCAAAAAUGUUGGCUGAUAUCCUUCAUACUAGGCUUUUAGUGAAAACCACCAUGUCAAACUUAAAAUCCAAAAACGAGACUAUCUCAAAUCUUUUGAACAGCAAACAGGUGGCUUUGAAACUCUUAGCGAAUGUCACAUAUGGGUACACUUCUGCUUCCUUUUCAGGUAGAAUGCCAUGCUCAGAUGUCGCCGACAGCAUUGUUCAGACUGGCAGGGAGACAUUGCAGAAAGCAAUAUCCCUCAUAGAGUCGAACUCCGAAUGGGGGGCAAAAGUAGUUUAUGGUGACACCGACAGUUUGUUCGUUUAUAUGCCUGGUAAGUCGAAAGAAGAGGCCUUUCGUUUUGGCAAAGAAAUGGCAUCUAAAGUCACAAGUUGUAAUCCAUCUCCGGUGACACUCAAAUUUGAGAAACUGUACCAUCCUUGCAUUUUGGUCAGUAAGAAAAGAUACGUUGGAUAUUCUUAUGAGAAGGAGGAUCAGCUUCAACCAAAGUUUGACGCCAAAGGGAUUGAGACGGUCAGGAGGGAUGGACACCCGGCACAGCAAAAGAUAGUCGAAAAAUCCUUGCGAAUUUUAUUCGAGACUCAAAAUUUAUCAGCUGUCAGGGCCUACGUGCAGGACCAAUUUCUGAAGAUAAUCAAAGGCCAGGUGUCGGUACAAGAUUUUUGUUUCGCGCGCGAAGUGAAAUUAGGAUCCUACAAAAGUGAGAAAACCGCUCCACCCGGGGCCGUGGUAGCUCAGAAACAAAAAGCCUUAGAUCACAGGGCAGAGCCUCAAUAUCGCGAGAGAGUUUCAUACGUAGUCACAAAAGGACGACCGGGACAAAUAUUGCGAGACCGCUGCAUUCCUCCCGAGGUUUUCUUGUCUAAUGACAUGUUCGAACUCGAUUCCACGUACUAUAUCACUAAAACCCUUAUUCCGCCAUUGCAACGGUUUUUCAAUCUCAUUGGUGUAGAUGUUACGAGAUGGUUUGCAGAGAUGCCUAGGGUACAGGAUUUGAAUUACCACCAGGAUAAAAAUGGAAAACUGCCAGACUUCAUGCGCUCCACGUUAUGCUUUAGCUGCAAAAGUGAAAUGAAAGGAAGCUCUGAUGGUCUUUUGUGCGCAAAUUGCUUGAUGCAGACAUGCUCGACGGCUGCGGCAAUUUUAGAAGAAGACAUAGAUUCAAAAAGAAAGCUCAAGAACGUCUUAACCGCCUGCAGAGCUUGUUGUGAGCCUCUGACGAAGAACUCUCAAUAUGACAUGUCAAAAAUUGUCACCAAAUGUGAUUCUCAAGACUGUCCUGUUUAUUACUCGCGGAUCAGAUAUGGGUCAUCUACUAAUUCCCAUAGGGCUAGGGAACGCUUAAAAGUACUAAAACAGUUGGAUCAUUGGUGA